AUGGCUUCAACUCACAAGGUCUUUGCUGUGACAAUUCUUCUUCUUGCUGUGAACAUGGCUUCACCAUCAUCAUCAUCAUCAUCAUCCAAUACGAGCCUUGUUGCACGGUUGAAGCUUGAUGGUGAGUCAUCAAAUUGCUGGGACUCGUUGUUUGAGCUGCAAGCAUGCACUGGAGAGGUCAUAACCUUCUUCCUUAAUGGUGAGACAUAUUUGGGCCCAAGUUGCUGCCAGGCAAUAAGGAUUGUGGGCCAUGAUUGUUGGCCCGACAUGAUUGCCUCACUGGGCUUCACCACUGAAGAGGGUGAUGUUCUUCAGGGCUAUUGUGACUCUGAAAAAGAACAACUCCAUUCUCCUCCGUCUCCCACGUCACCAACCACUGUUGUUCAUGAUUUUGAUGAUGCAACCACCAAAGUGCUGCUUCCUUAA